CUCCCUCUCGCUAUUUAUUCCUGCGCGGAGCUCCGCGGCUGAUUCACCUCGGGGCGAGCGGGCAGCGCGUUUCGAGCCGCCAUGGCCCGGCUCCUCGGCACCUCCUGCCUGCUGCUGCUGCUGCUCCUCGGCCUCGGCGCCGACGUCGCCUCCUCCAAGAAGGGCAAAGGCAAACCCGGCGGCUGGGGCACGGGGAGCCGCCAGCCCAGCUACCCCCGCCAGCCCAGCUACCCCCAGAACCCCGGCUACCCCCACAACCCGAGUUAUCCCCACAACCCGGGCUACCCCCACAACCCCGGCUACCCCCACAACCCGGGCUACCCCCACAACCCCGGCUACCCAGGCUGGAACCAGGGCUACAACCCGUCCAGCGGAGGAACUUACCACCAAAAGCCGUGGAAGGCGCCUAAACCCAAGACCAACCUGAAGCACGUGGCGGGGGCGGCGGCGGCGGGCGCCGUGGUGGGGGGCCUGGGGGGCUACGCCAUGGGCCGGGUGAUGUCGGGGAUGCACUACCGCUUCGACAGCCCCGACGAGUACCGCUGGUGGAACGAGAACGCCGCGCGCUACCCCAACCAGGUGUACUACCGCGACUACCGCGGCCCCGUGCCGCAGGACGUCUUCGUGGCCGACUGCUUCAACAUCACCGUCACCGAGCACAACAUCGGCCCCGCCGCCAGGAAGAACGCCUCGGAGGCCGGCGCCGCGCUCAACCAGACGGAGGCGGAGCUGGAGACGCGCGUGGUGACCAAGGUGAUCCGCGAGAUGUGCAUCCAGCAGUACCAGGAGUACCGGCUGGCCUCGGGCACGCGGCCGCGCCUCGCCGACGACGCCUCGCUGGCCGCCCUGCUGCUCCUCGUCCUCGCCGCCCUGCACUAGAGAGCCCCCGCGGCUGCCAGGUGGCACCCGUGUCCCCCCUCCCGCCGUGGGGUCCCCCCGCCCGGGUCUCGCUUGGUUUUGGCGAGGAGCCCCCGGGGCGCUCCGCAGCGCCUCUGGUUUAGGCAAAAAACGGGAUGAAAAAUUUCCUUUUCCACCCCAAACACAGCCCCGGAGCCCAAAACCACGGCCUUCGCCUCCUCCUCCUCCUCGGGGCCACCCCGAGAGGGACCAGGCAGAAGGGAGCUCUGCAGGAGCUUUUCCAAAAGCCCUCUUUGUUAACAGGCAGGGUUUUAUCUCACCCCUCAGUUCCCCUCGUUCCCUGGGGUUCUCAGAGGGGCAGCCAUGGGGUUUUCAAGCUGCCAGGUUGAAAGAUUUGAACCGUUUCAUCCUAAAAAAAAAAAAGCCCCAUCCCCGUGUACAUAAGGAGCCACUCCACACCCUGCACGCUGCAAAAACCCCCUGCAGCAGCACAGCAAAAUAAAGUCGUUUUUUACUCCCCCUCACAGCCAGGCUGAAGCACCAGUCAGUUUUUAAAGGCAGAAAGUGCUGCUGAGUGCCCCAAACAGCCCCAAAACAGCGUCACAGCCCGAGAAAAAGCUCCUUGGGAUGCCCCGGGUGACAAGUCAUGCUCGUGCUUCAGCACCUGGGCCUAAAGGACGCUAAAAUGCAGCACAAAGGAUUCUCAGGGUGGGUCAGGCACAGAGCAAGAGACUGAAACCAGCUGAACCACGCCGGUACAGCAAACAGCACCGGGAAAAAUGGGCCUGGCAAGGGUGAUGCUUUUAAAAAUAAAAAAAAAGUCACAUUUGUGAGUAAUUCCUUUGCCCUGUGGAAGCAACGGGUGAAAUUCUUGCUUCUUGUGCGGAUGCUGGGCUGGGAAUGAGCUGUAACACCCGCGGCGCUGCGCUUGUGGAACCGAGCUCGGUUUAAUAUCUCUCGUGCGUUUUAUUUUUGCAAGGCACUGAUUAACACUGUCCUAAAUGAGAUUUAUUUUUUCCUUUUUUUUUAUUUUUUUGCAUUGGUGUAAGCUAAGUGAAGAUAUAUAUUAUAUAUAUAUAAAUAUCUAUAAACAGAGAGAAAAGAAACCUUUCAGGACGGCCACUGGAAGAGCAGGGCUUGGCGGUGCCCCGGACUUUGCGGAUGUUUUGUAACCCCGGCACGGUGCAUGCCUGGGAUUUGCCGUGCUGAGCCUUUUCUAAGUGUUCCACGUCUGGUACAAAUUAAAACGGAUCAAGUCAAGGUGCCCGGCAGCCUCCUUUGUGUGCCAGCCCCCGGGCCCUGCUGCAUUUCUGCAUUUCCUGCAUUCCCACCCUCCCCAUUCCCCGACCCCGGCCUGAGGGAGCUUUUGUUCCCUUCCAGCACCGAAUUUGGCCCAAACCCCACAGUCCCAGUCAACCGUUUGUCCUCCCCUGCCCCCGACGAUGGUAUCGCUGCAGCCCAAGGAAUGUUUUCUAAUUUCUGUCUGAUUCCAGUUUCUGUCCUAAUAAAGGAGUUUUUACA